GUAGACAUGUUAUGUAAUAACUCUGAAGCAGCACAUGUUUUAUAUUAUAUAGUCACCUUCUGGCUACUACUAUACUAUACUAGGAAGCUAGCACUGCACUGGACCUUGCAAGAUGUCUGACCUGGAGAAAAGCCCGUUGCGAAGCACCAGUCCCCCUCCCUACGGUACCACAGACUUGGAGCCGGAGGUAGCCUAUCAUUCCCAAGGAGAGCAUAUUACUGUCAAAGAGGACAUUUUUAAGGAUGACUUUGUUGGGGUGUCCUUUCACGAUAUUGUGUAUGUGGUGAACACUGGAUGCUGUGGCACCAAGCCCACAGAGAUACUGCACUCAGUCAGUGGUGUUCUUCCUUGCGGGGUGAAUGCUAUAAUGGGACCAACUGGAUCUGGAAAAACAACGCUUUUGGACAUUCUGGCAGGCCGUAAAGCAAAGGCCAACGUUGGUGGGUAUGUCCUAGUGAACGGGAGACCUCAGCCGAGCAACUUCAGGUGCAAGUCUGGCUAUGUGGUGCAGGACGACAUUGUAAUGGGCACUCUAUCCGUGAAAGAGAACCUGAUGUUCUCAGCUGCUCUGCGUCUGCCCUCCUCCACCAGCUGGGCACAACGCAAGGAGAGGGUCGCCACUGUCAUACAAGAACUGGGUCUGGAGAGAUGUGCCAACACCAAGAUUGGCACAGAGUUCUUCCGUGGUGUGUCUGGGGGAGAGAGGAAGAGGACCAACAUUGGGAUGGAGCUCAUCAUAGAGCCUCAGGUCUUGUUUCUGGACGAGCCCACCACUGGACUGGACGCAUACACAGCUGUCUCUGUUGUACAGCUACUCAAACGACUGAGCGAGAAAGGAGACAGAGUGAUUAUCAUGUCCAUCCACCAACCUCGCUACUCCAUCUUCAAACUGUUUGACGGUCUCACUCUUCUCUCUCAAGGAGACAUGGUCUACCACGGCCCAGCACAGUCCUCCCUCGAUUACUUCAGCAGUAUAGGCUAUGUGUGUGAGGAGCGUAACAACCCUGCCGACUACUUCCUGGAUGUGCUCACUAAAGCAGAAAAGAGCAACGUCAUCACUGAGUCAGAUGACACUGAUAAUAGCACGGGUGUCACUGAGGCCAACAAUCUGGUGAACACUUACCAGGAGUCUCAACAAUGUGUGGAGGUGAGUGAGCAGUUGCAGACACUCGCAGACAAUAGUCACACUCGACGAGGGGUCAGGAGCGGAGGGACGUACGCUACCGGGUUCCUAUGGCAACUGAUGGUUGUCACAAUUCGAUCACUCCUAAAUCUGUUGAGAAAUCCGAUGAUCUCCUUCUUCCAGGUGCUGACUAUGAUAAUCUUUGCUCUCAUUGUUGGUCUCAUUUAUUUGAGGCUCGACGAAAAGGACGUCAACGUACGCACUGUUAUCUCUGACAGGAUUGGAGCCUUCUUCUUCAUUGUAAUGAACCAAGUGUUUGGUAAUCUCUCAGCAGUGGACGUCUUCAUCAAACAAAAGGCUCUGUUCAUCCAUGAGAACUCCAGUGGUUUCUAUAGAGUCUCUGCAUUCUACUUCUCCAAAGUGUUUGUGGACCUCAUUCCUAUGAGGAUCAUCCCAUCCUUCACCUUCUCUGUCAUUGCUUACUUCAUGAUAGGUUUCCAAGUGUCAGCUGCCAAGUUCUUCUACUUUGCGCUGGUCAUAUGUCUCACGUCCAUAGCAGCUGCCUCCAUUGCCUUUGCUAUCAGUGCUCUAGUGCGAGUGACUGGACUGGCUAACCUCUUCAUUGCCAUGCUGUUCGUCUUCCAAAUGUUGUUUGGCGGCCUGUUCAUCUCCCUUGACUCCCUCCCCGUCUGGUUGCAGUGGAUCAAAUACCUCAGUCUCUUCCGCUACUCUGUUGAGGCUCUAGCCCACAAUGAGAUAGUUGGACAAUGCUAUUGUUCCAACAAUGCCACGGCCGCGAUCAUAGAAGCGUGUUCGGGGCCCUUGUGUGUGAAUGGGAGUGAGUUUCUGUCUGGUAUUGGCUACGAGACUUCCCCCGAGUGGCUCUGGAUCGAUGUGGGUGGUCUAGCAGCCAUUGCUCUGGUCUUCUUGCUAUUCACUUACUUCAACCUGAGGAUACUCAAGAAGUCAAAAUAAACUGACGGGAACUAUAUAAUAUAACUGUUGCUAAUUAUGCUGUUUGCCUCAGUUUAUAGCUCAUAAUUAUUUGUAUUUAACACUUGAAGAUAUUUCAUAUUUCUAUAAUAAUAAUAAUAAUAGUAUAAUUAUUAUACUAAUUAACUGUGUGUAUUGUACAUGUAUUAUUUACAAAUGUA